AUGUCUCUUUUGACGGCAUACAGCACAGCCGACGGGCUUAACGUUGUUCUGGAGAGACAAGAAACGUUCAGCGGGAUUCAAGAGCCAGAUUCUCAAGUGCCCGUAGACAAUAAAAACGCCACAAUCUAUGGUUUGAAAACUGCCAGGAGCUUGGUUCAUCCAUGGAAAGUUGUCAUAAGCGAUUCUGCAAGUCCGGGGGAGCUGAUUGUCACCAGCCAAGCACCAUCAGAGAAUCUUCUGGACGAGUGGUUCAAGAAAUGCUCGGAGACCGUGACACGGAACAAGACCGACUGUGCAAAAGUAAAGCAGGCGGUGUUGCUGUUGAAGAAGAAGAUUUCGUUCAUGGUAACCAAGGCAAAAUGCUAUUGGAGUAGUAGCAGUUCCCAAGGAAGGAUGUGUACGGUUCCGGAAUUGAUGGGAGGUGUUGGAGGAUCGAAUGUACCGCAGAAUGCUCUUGACAGAUCAGUUACCGACGUCGUUGACGUAGUGAGGGAGUUGAAGGCGAAGGUCAAAGGCAGCCGUGAUGCAGCGUGCAACGUUGCAGAGAAGAAGAUCGACUAUAUUAACGACGAAGUGCUGAAGCUCAAAAACGGCAGCAACUGUAAAUUUGCGCGGGAUAGGUUUAUCCGACUAACGAGUCAUCUGUGUUACGGUGCAAUCGACGGCCUGGGCACUGGCUCCUUUUUGUAUUUCAUAUUGGCCAUAGCAAUGUUCUUCUUCUCGCUUUUGUUGCUGAUCCUUAUCAUUAAAGACCGCGAUAACGAUCGCUAUCGAGAACCAGAAUAUACAGCAGCAGCAGGAGGUGCAGCUGAACCGGUUCAAGGGGCGCCCGAAGCUGUUGUUCCUCCGCCACAGGAGGUACAGGAUCCAGAAAGCAGCAAAGCUAUCGUAGCCCCCGAAGGGGCUGGGAAGACGUUGGCGUACCUUCUUCCUGUUCUACAGCGGUUUGUGGCUGAAGACAGGCGACGCCCGCUGGAUAUGUCAGAGGGGUCACUAGCGUCUCCUUUCGCGCUGAUAUUAGUUCCUUCUCGGGAGUUGGCUAGGCAAGUGGCCAACGUUGCAAUGGCCCUGCUGCCGUCCGCGCCAGUGGUGCUGCUAGACCCUGCGUCUCCCGUACGGCAGCACCAACAGAUGCUCAGCCAUUUGUCUGUCAGGAUUGUCGUUUCUACACCUGAUAGGAUCCGCUCACUGAUGCGGGAAAGGCGUCCACAAGCUUCUGCAACCGGCAGGGCAGAAUACGCUGAGCCAGUUUACCUCAGCUUGAAAAACCUUCAAAUAUUAGUUGUCGACGAGGCAGACUGCAUGAUGCGUCGGGACUACUACUCUAAGGUGCAGUUCAUAUAUAGGACUGCCAUGGACUGCAAGGCCAGCGCGGAGAAGUCUGGAGAAAGGUUCCGAGAUUGCAGGAGCUCUCUCCAGUUACUUUGCUUCAGCGCCGUGUUGCCUACAAACUUGCUCGCUACCUUCGAGGCAGACUUUCCGCAGGCCGAAGUUCUAAACCUGCUAGACGCUGCUAAGUAUGGGACGGAGGGAGGGCUGAGUGGGAAGCACCAGGGGUUCGCAGAGGCGCCCUCGAACGAAAACGGCUCCCCAGGUGCGUAUCCAUGGAGGAGUUGCAUGUUUGCUCGGCGUGCACUCGUGCAGCUCGACUGUAAAAUUGUGACCGUGUGCUCCUUGUUCUUCCCAUAUGGACAGGCAGUGCAGUCGUGGGAGCUGGCGUAA